AUGCCGAAUUUGCAGCCAACUAACAGAUCAAAGCAUUUGGAGAAAAAAUUAAAACCGCCUGAGGAGAUUGCUGUAGAAAAGGUAGCUAAAGUAAUACUAAUUAAGCAGGCAAAGAAAGAAUACAGAAAGUACCGUGACAGGCAACUAGAUGACUUUAUUGACAGAAUGAUUGAAAGUGCUCAGGAAAGAGGUCUAGCUACCUGGUUCGCAAGAGAACUUGGGAUCGAAUCAUGUGUGGUUCAAAGAUGGUGGAAAAUGUCCAGAGAAAUGGAAGAAGUGCCUUACAAAAAGUCUUCUAUAAGUUCUGAUCCUCAGUCUUCUUUCAGCGAUGAUCACAACGACUUUUUGAGGAAUCUAGUGGACGAUGACCCUCAGCUUGCUGUAGGUGAUAUAGUGGAGGAGGUUAGUUGA